UUUAUACAGAAUAUAACCAAGACACGCACCAUACGUUUCUGUUGCUCUGGCUAUGAAGGCAACAUAUCGAUCAAUGAUACGAUUUGUAAACCGGUUUGUCGAGGUGGUUGUGGUCGCGGCUAUUGUUUAAAACCCGAUGAGUGUAGUUGUGAACCGGGUUAUAUGGGCAAACACUGUACGCAACGUUGCGAUCAUGAUCACUGGGGUCUGGAGUGUAAAAAUCAGUGUCUUUGUCAUAAUGGUGCUGCUUGUGAUAAUAAAUCUGGCAUAUGUCACUGUACCAUAGGAUGGACAGGGGAAUUCUGUGAACAACCCUGUCCCAUGGGUACACAUGGUGUUAUGUGUCGCAAGGCUUGUGAGUGUGACAAUAAAUUGUGUCAUCCUCAAACGGGAGCCUGUGACAAUCCGGUGGAACCCACCAUAGUACCAAAUGCUACGCACGUCAUGAUAGCCACCCUAAAUUCAACCAUUGUCAAUAUAACCCACAAUUUGGAUCGCAUAGCUAAAAACAUAGUGACCAUAGCCACCUCUACAACGGAAAAUAUAAAUUUUGCUUUACCACCACAGAUAUUAGAAUUGACCACGGUCAAAACGAUACCCGAGGUAAUAGUGAUAAAACAGGAAGAACCUCCUCAUACACCCAAGAUUAUUGUUCAUCAACAGGGUUCGGGGUUAUUGGAGAAUUUACAUGGUGCUGCCAAAACUCCCGAAGUAAUACAUGUUAUAACCAAUUGGCCAUCAGGCACACAGCCACAUCAUAAUUUGACGCAGGAAGAGAAGAUAAAUUUGGCAGGAUUUGGCAUACAUAGUGGCAGCAAGAGUAAAGAAGAAACUUCCAAAUCCACUGAGAAUCAUACAGCUGAUCAUGAGAAUAGUGUGCUUACCACUCUGCUGGUGAUAUUGCUGAUUAUCAUGGUGGCUAUAGGUAUAGGCUUUCUAUAUGUUUAUCGUAGAUAUCAUUUGCAAAAGGCCCAAGUAGAGGCGGCCUUGGCAGCACGUAAUGUUAGCCUAGUGCCCGGAGUUAAUGCUCCUAUAGUUAUAACACCUCCACCCCUACCGCCUCAUACAAAUGAACAGCAUUUGAAAGAAAUGGGUGGCAGCGUUCUAGGAGGCGCUGGUACUUUGAAUAAAAGUUUUCUGAAACCUUUGCCCGAUUUACCAGCCUUUACACAAAUGGUACGCAAUAAAAUCGAGGGACCCGACUUGUAUGAUUCACCCAGUAAUACAUCCUCGUUAACCUCGCAAACACCCACGCCCACACCUUACGCCUAUGCACGCAAAGAAUCUUUAUAUUCAAUGGUUACACCUAAAUCUCGUAAAGGCAGCAUGGAUUCACAUUUAUACGAUGAGAUACGUUAUCCCACAGCUUUACAUCAACAAAAUCAUCUUAAUACCUCCAAUAUGUUUCCACAUCAACACCAUCAUCAGCAGCAACAGCAUCAUCACCAGCAACAACAACAGCAUCAUCCGCAACAGCCCCAUUCGCAACAUCAUCAGGCUUCUCAACAUCAUCAGCAUCAUCACCACCACCAGCAGUUCCAGCAGCAGCAACAACAGCAUCCUUCAAAUCACUUAAAUGCCCCCACAACUCAUCAUAUCUCACAUUUAAUUAUACCACCACAAAAUUCCAAAUAUUUACAAGUGCCACAAAUUUCUCAUACAUCACAUAAGGUUGCUCACAUUUAAUUUAAUUAACGUUAAGCUAUUUUA